AUGGAGGCAAGAAUUGUAGGUGAUGAUGAUGGAGGAAAGCUCUUUACCCCUGAGGAAUAUGAAGAAUAUAAAAGAAAAGUAUUACCAAUUCGGUUAAAGAACAGGUUGUAUGUGAGCUGGAGAUCACCGACCGGCAUGGACUGCAAACUCGUGGGGCCAGAGACACAGUGCUUUUGUACUCAUCGAUAUAAACAACACAAAACUGACUAUGAAGAGAUUCCAAAUGAUCGUCCUAUUCGCGUGCCCUGUAGAGUAAGCGGCUGUCAGUGCCAGUCCUAUCACUAUGUUCCUCUGAACGGCACGCAGCCCAUUCGGUGUCGAUGCAAACAUUUUGCUGAUCAGCACAGUGCAGCCCCUGGAUUUUCAUGUAACUCUUGUUCCAAGUGCUCAGGAUUCCACAGUUGCUUUACCUGUGGAUGUGGUCAGCCAACAUAUGCUCAUGAAACUGUAGUGGAAACCAAAGCAGAGCGGUUAGCCCAAGGACGGCCUGUGGGGCAGGAUGUACCUUACGCUGCUAUGGGAGGCUUGACUGGUUUCAGUUCACUAGCAGAAGGCUACAUGAGACUUGAUGACAGUGGAAUAGGGGCUCCUUCCACUGAAUUUUUAGAAUCUCCUUCUACCAACAUGGAUCAUCCAUUUCUAAAAGCAUUUCAAGGACCUUCUACUUCUGCUCAAACCAGCUCAGCAAUAGCAGGUGUUUCUAAUGCUACAAUGCAGGUUUCUCAUGAAAGGCGUUCAGAAGAAGAUGACAUGGCUUAUUUUGAAAGACGUUAUCAGGAAAGGCUGAAACAAGAGAAGGCUGCUAAACGGAAAGAGAAAAGUCCAGCGCAACCAAAGAAGCCAGGAAAGUAAUGAAAAGGUUAUUUUACAGCACAGUACUAUUUAUCAUUAUAUUGAAGUGUAUUUCUCA